GCUUUUAAUCCACUGCCUUCAGGCUGUCCCUUCUUGGCAGGGAAGGGAGCUGCAGGAAGGACACCGAGGACUGGCCCCUGCAUGAACUGUGACUCCUGAGUUAACGAGGGUCCCAGGUGAGGGGGUCAGCAUGGGCAGACCCCAGAGCAGCUCCCUGCAGCUUGGCCUGUCUGCACCCUUCCCAUGGCCCUGAGUCUUUGAGCCCUGAGCUCAUUAAGGUCACCAGAGGGAGCUGUGCUGUGGGAGGCUGCCCCGACUGCACCCUGCAAGCAUGGCGCUGCUGAAAAUCAAGUUCGACCAGAAGAAACGGGUCAAGUUGGCCCAAGGGCUCUGGCUCAUGAACUGGCUCUCUGUGUUGGCCGGCAUUGUCAUCUUCAGCCUAGGGCUGUUCCUGAAGAUCGAGCUUCGGAAGAGGAGCGAUGUGAUGAAUAAUUCGGAGAGCCACUUUGUGCCCAACUCCUUGAUAGGGGUGGGGUUACUGUCCUGUGUCUUCAACUCUCUGGCCGGCAAGAUCUGCUAUGAUGCUCUGGACCCUGCCAAGUACGCCAAGUGGAAGCCCUGGCUGAAGCCGUACCUGGCCGUCUGCGUCCUCUUCAACACUGUCCUCUUUCUGGUGGCCCUCUGCUGCUUCCUCCUGCGAGGCUCCUUGGAGAGCACCCUGGCCCACGGGCUCAAGAACGGGAUGAAGUACUACCGGGACACGGACACGCCCGGCAGGUGCUUCAUGAAGAAGACCAUCGACCUGCUGCAGAUCGAGUUCAGGUGCUGCGGCAACAAUGGCUUUCGGGACUGGUUUGAGAUUCAGUGGAUCAGCAACCGCUACCUGGACUUUUCCUCCAAAGAAGUCAAAGAUCGAAUCAAGAGCAACGUGGAUGGGCGGUACCUGGUGGACGGCGUCCCCUUCAGCUGCUGCAACCCUAACUCGCCGCGGCCCUGCAUCCAGUACCAGCUCACCAACAACUCGGCACACUACAGCUAUGACCACCAGACGGAGGAGCUCAACUUGUGGCUGCAAGGCUGCAGGGCCGCCCUGCUGAGCUACUAUAGCAGCCUCAUGAACUGGAUGGGCGCCGCCACGCUCCUCGUCUGGCUCUUUGAGGUGGCCGUCACAGUGGGGCUGCGCUACCUGCACACAGCACUGGAAAGCCUGUCCAACCCCGAGGAUCCCGAGUGUGAGAGCGAGGGCUGGCUGCUGGAGAAGAGCGUGCCGGAGACCUGGAAGGCCUUUCUGGAGAGCCUGAAGAGGCUGGGCAAGAGCAACCAGGUGGAAGCCGAGGGCGCAGACGCAGGCCAGGCCCCAGAGGCUGGCUGACGGCCCCAGGCCCCUGCCCUCCGGAACACUGGGAAGCAGUGGACUCCAAAAACCGCGGACACUCCCUGUCGUCCAGUCUGAAUCUCCCAAGGAGAGUGGCCAUCUUAGAGAGACUCUCCUUGAUGGUGGGACUGAAAAUUUAGACUCCCUAAAAGCAUUUGGCAAACGCUUGUUGAAGGACUGACUCAAAAUGUGAGUGACUGAGCCCCCCAGGCCCACUGCUGUGGCCAGGCCCUCACAGUGGCCUCUCGGCGGACGCCUAUGCCCCAGCCUGUCUCUCUCCCGGCA